AGGAAGUAAAGGCCUUACCCAAUAUGCUUUCAAAGUUCGACGGUUCAAAUGCAAAGUAACCAUAGAAGAAGAUCUUCGUCCCCAGAGAAACCGAAAAGCGAAAUAGAAGAUCGAAAACCAAAAUCGAAGGCGAAAUAGAAAUAGAAAUUUUAUAGAGAAAGGGAAGCAAGUAGCUUCCAACACUUAGCAGCAUUUUCCUUUUUGAAUACUGUAAUUGACCCAGGGUUACUGACUGUAAUACUGAACCAAUCCCUAUCGUUGGAUCUACCUAAGAACUCAACGCGUUGUAAAGCAAAAGUUAAGAAACUACAGCGAGGGAUCCGAAUUUGAACGAAGAAGAUUCAAAAUGACGGAUCCGAAUCUGGAUCUGCAAGAAUCGGGUUGGGAGGAACUGAGGAGAGAGGCUCGAAAGAUCGAGGGUGAUCUCGAUGUUAAGCUCUCUUCUUAUGCUAAGCUCGGUGCCAGGUUCACCCAAGGAGCUUAUCUAGAUACUGGAUCGCCAACGGUUGGGUCAAGUAGGUCAUGGAAGUCUAUGGAAAUGGAAAUUCAAUCAUCGCUUGAGAAGCUGCUGGACAUAAAUGAUUCCAUGAGUAGAUGUGCUGCAUCUGCUGCUUCAACUACUUCGGUGACCCAGAAGCUUGCAAGGCAUAAAGACAUACUACAUGAAUUUACUCAGGAGUUCAGAAGAAUCAAGGGAAACAUAAACUCAAUGAGGGAACAUGCAGAGCUUCUGAGUUCGGUCAGAGAUGAUAUUAAUGAGUAUAAGACAUCUGGGAGUAUGUCACCAAGAAUGCAAUUACUCAGAGAAAGAGCUGCCAUCCACGGAAGCAUUGCUCAUAUAGAUGAUGUGAUUAAUCAAGCUCAAACGACAAGAGCAGUGUUGGGCUCUCAAAGAGCUUUGUUCGGAGAUGUUCAAGGGAAAGUAAAAGUUCUAGGUGACAAGUUCCCUGUUAUCCGUGGUUUGCUCGGUUCCAUCGGAAGGAGGCGUUCGAGGGACACUCUUAUUCUGUCAGCAGUAAUAGCUGCUUGUACGUUGUUUCUUAUCGUGUAUUGGCUAUCAAAGUAGCGAGAUUUAUAGUAAUAAUACAAAAAUGUUAAAAGCUACUGUGUUCUGCCAAGAGAUUUUUGGUUUAUAAUUUGAUAGAACAGAUCACAUUCUGUGUUAAGUUUGUGGUUUUGGUAGCUUCUGUUUGGCGCCAUUACAUGGAAAAAAUCUCAUUUGUUUGAUGUGCAAAUCUGUUACAUUGCUCCAAUUCAGAGGCUUGGUGUAGUGAAGGAGUGGUGGGUAGCUUGUGGUGCUCC